CCUGGUUUUCAUGGAAACGCCCUAAAAAAAAUUGAGAAAGUCUGAGAUCAAAAAAAGAAUCAAACAUACACCAUCAUUUUAACCAAAACAUAAUUGUAAAAAUGCGGGAAAUUGUCCACCUUCAAGCUGGACAAUGUGGAAAUGCUAUAGGAGCAAAAUUUUGGGAGGUUAUAUCAGACGAACACGGAGUCGAUCCUUGCGGUAAUUACCACGGCAACAGCGAUCUUCAACUGGAACGUAUCAAUGUAUAUUACAACGAAGCUUCAGGAGGCAACUACGUCCCCAGAUGCGUUCUGAUAGACCUGGACACCAUGAACCUCGACGUCGUACGUGCAAGUCCCUAUGGGCAACUCUACCGUCCGGACAACUUCAUUUGGGGUGCAGGGGGUGCCGGAAACAACUGGGCCAAAGGUCACUACACCAACGGAGCAGAAAUCGUAGACACAAUUCUGGACGUAGUCCGCAAAGAGAGCGAAGGUUGCGACAUGUUGCAAGGUUUCCAAUUGACUCACUCGCUAGGGGGUGGUACAGGAUCAGGCUUGGGCACACUGAUAGCAUCUAAAAUACGCGAGGAAUACCCCGACAGGAUGAUAUACACGUAUUCCGUAUGCCCGUCGGCUGUAGUCUCAGAUACAAUGGUAGAACCUUACAACACAACCCUGUCUAUCAACCAGCUCAUUGAAAGUUCCGAUGAAACUUUUUGUAUUGACAACGAAGCUUUAUACGAUAUAUGUUUUAGAACCUUGAGGCUUUCACAGCCGACCCUCGGCGACCUAAACCAUCUAGUUUCUGUCGCAAUGGCCGGGGUCACAACUUGCUUUAGGUUUCCAGGACAAUUGAACGCUGAUUUGAGGAAACUGGCUGUUAACACUGUUCCUUUUCCUAGACUUCAUUUCUUCAUGUGCGGUUUCGCGCCAUUGACAUCUCGUGGAAGUCAGCAUUAUAGAGCAUUAUCUGUACCAGACCUGACCCAACAAAUGUUCGAUGCAAAGAACAUGAUGGCAGGUUGUGAUCCCAGGCAUGGAAGAUAUCUAACCGCCGCCACUAUAUUCAGAGGCAGGGUAUCAAUGAAAGAAAUCAACGAACAAAUGGUGAAUAUACAGAUCAAAAAUAACAGUUACUUUGUAGAUUGGAUACCACAUAAUGUGAAAAUAGCGGUGUGUGAUAUACCCCCGAGAGGACUGAAACUCUCGGCCACAUUCUUAGGAAACACCACAGCCAUUCAGGAACUGUUUAAAAGGAUAUCUCUACAAUUUACCAUGAUGUUCAGAAGGAAAGCUUUUUUACAUUGGUACACCGCUGAAGGAAUGGAUGAAAUAGAAUUUACGGAAGCUGAAUCUAAUAUGAAUGACCUCAUUACUGAAUAUCAACAGUACCAAGAAGCUACAACUGACGAGGGUGAGUACGGAGAAGAAGAUGAGGAGGAAGAAGAGUAGAUUAACCUAUUUUAAGUGAAAAGUCAAUAUGGCAAAAAAGUUUUUUUGACCGUUGCUAUUUUAAUUUCAUAUAUUCCUUAUUUGUUUUAGAUUUAUUUUACUUUUAAGUUGUGCAUUUUUGCAUUCAAUAAAUUUUUCAAAUUCAA